UGCCUCCUAUUUUUUGUUCUGAAUGCCCCUUUUCUAAUCUCCAUCUGUGACCCCUGGUCCUUGUUUCUUUAUUUCAGAAACAGCCCCCUCUCCCUCUUCAGACUAUAACGUGUCUCUGAUUAAAGUGAGGAAUCACAACUAGAAUAUUUGUUUCAGGUUCAAUUGUAAUAUUAGUAAGUUGUGUUCAUCUUGCUGCUAAGUUGACUGUGUUGUAUUUCUUAUUCGAGUGGGGAAUCACAUCUGGAAUUUUUCAAAGAUACAUUUCUAAUCUGAAUGAGUUUUGUUGUUUCUUACUGCCUUUCACAUCGCACCAUGUCACACUGCAUAGGUGUAGCUAUAGUCAGUAAAUUUGAAACAGCCUGAAACCUGGUCGACAAGGCAGGUAGAAUCAGGUCCAGAACCGUUUUGAAAAUCAACUGGACUGAAACUUUUUUAAAUGGGUCAAAUUUACUAUUAAAAACAAAACAGCUUGAAGUUAGGAGGCAGUUUCACAAAGCACUGUCAACACUUAAAAAAACAAACAUAUUUUAAGACAGAACGACAAAGUUUGGUAGAAAUCCACUCAGCGAGUCUCUAUGGUUAAAUGUAUUAUUUUUUUAUUUAUGGAAGUGAAUUGGAUUUAGCAGACUGCUACCUGGAACUGCAUUGUGAAACCAGCCCCAGGAGAUUGAAAUGUUACCAAGAGACUUCAGCCUAAUGAAAGUACUAAGCUGAUACGUGUGUGGUGCUGGGUUCCGGUUGUCAGCGAGACCUUGAACAGGAAAUGGAAAUGCAUGUAUAUCUGUCUUGAGCUGCACCACAGAUGCACAAAACACACUCCGUUCCAUCAGCAGAGAGCAGAGAACCUUCCCUGUCAGCAAAGGGAAAUACCAGAACUACUGUGAGAUGGAGUGGGCAGCAGCAGUGAUACUGACUGUGCUACUUCUCAGAGGAUUUGAGUGCAGCAGUGAGGCCAGCCCUGGUGUGCGCUGCCUCAUCCAUGACGAGGACUACACUGAGUGCACCUGGAAGAAGACCGGCAGACCAGACCACAACUACACCUUCCAGAGCAGGUACAGGACAGGCACUGAGUAUGCAGAGUGCCCGAGUUACACCCAGGUGGAGGGCUACAAUGUGGGCUGCAGACUGGAGUACAGCCCCAACAUCCGCUUUGGAACUUUCCAAGUGCAGCUGUCCUCAGCCAACAACACGGCCAUCUGGAACAAAGACAUCCACCUGAAACCAUUAGUGAAGCUGUACUCUCCAGUAAACCUGACCGUGGUCAACAGCAGCAGCAAUGGUCUGUACCUGUACUGGAACACCAGCAUGAGCAAAUCCAAUUGCCUGGAGUCCAUAGUGAGGUAUAGAAGCAGCACGGACUCUGCCUGGCAGAGCUCCCCACCGUUUAUUUCUGUGAGGUAUUUUAACUUGCCCUUUGCCGAUGGUGAUGAGCUGUAUGAGUUCCAAGUGAAGAUCAGGAUGAAUGAGUUCUGUGGCGCCUCUGACUACUGGAGUGACUGGAGCCAGCCUGUGUACUGGGGGAGCAAUGCCACCGCUAAAGGCAUUAACCGUCUUGACAAGAGCUUCGACCCCUCUGUGGUCAUCUAUCCCAUCGUGGGCUCGGCUGUUCUGUUCAUCCUCGCCUUCUGUCUGAUCCACAAUGAACGGCUGCGCAUCAUCCUGGUGCCCGUCAUCCCCAACCCUGGGAAGAAUUUCGAGGAACUCUUCAACAGCUACGAUGGGAACUUCCAGGAGUGGCUCCAUGUUUCCAAGGACAUCGUGGACGGAUUCAAGCCUAACUUCUCCGAGCCGGUGUGCACAGUGAGGGAGCAGGCGGGGAGCGUGUCUGACAGCUGCGGGGGCCCGGGGGGGUCCGUGAGAUCCGACUGCUCUCUCCUCAUCCCUGGAGACGACCCCGACUGCGUCUCCACCAGCAGCGCCUCAUCCAGCUCCACCCUGCCGCCCCCCCCCUACGAGGUGUAACCAGGGCCCCCCAACCGGCCACUGCUCAACCAUUCACACAUGCGAGCUACCAUCUGGUCAUUGCAGAUCAACAAGCCUCAUAUCCGUGUACAUUUCGUGUACAAUUGUAAUUUGAUUAACUUGUUUUCACUGGUUGUGUUCAUUUGAAUUUGUGUGUUUUAACCUUCUUAACCAGCGCGCUCUUGAAAAAGGGAAGACUGACACGUCUUUGGAAUGCAGGUGGAGUCUGUGAUGAAACCCGGACUGGAGCUUCCCUCAGGGAUCAGGGCUGAGUAGCUCAGGAGGUACAGGCCACUGUCCUCACACGGUUUGUGUUACUCAGAAAAUGAAGGGAAAUCACUAUAGAGCAUUUCCUUGCUGCUGUCUACAUUCUGCUCAGUUUAUGAAUAUUAUGUUGUUUGCUGCCAAAAAAAUAUAUAUGGUUUUAGGGUUUCAUCUUCUUGUGUGUUUAAUGUGUCGUUAUAUGUAGGGUGUAUGGUGAACGCAGUUAUUAAUUCAGAAUGUGUAGCGCUCCGUAUCCUUUGUGCAAAUACACAUAUAUAUGUUUAGAUUUUGUAAAAGCUGCAGAAUCAAAUAAAACAUUC